CUGAAUUUUUCCCAACUUCUACGAUAUCAUGCACGAUAGAGGGAGUAAAAGUCUCCCACAACGAAUCAAAUUUGCAGACUUUUCUGUCUCUAUUCCUCUCAAAAGUCAGUUGGAUCAAACGCUUUUCGAUUGGUAUAUCUUUCUCUUUCCUUUUUAUAACCUAUAAUAUUGUCUGCAGUAUAUUAGGACAUGUCAACGUAAGUGACAUUUGCCGUUUUAUCACACAUACUUCAGUUGCCAAUACAGUAACAAUUUCUGCCAUACAUUGUGAAGACACAAAGUAAUUAAGAGAGAAAAUGAGUUACCAAUCAAAACAAAUCAAACAGAACUCCAUCACAAAUACAAUUACGUUAGAUGAUGAAGAAGCUGUGAAGCCGCAAGAAAAUUUUUCCAUUUCGGUCAAAACUGACGUAUGUGAGGGAAAGGACGUAUUGUAUAAACCAACAACCAACAACAAAAUUGGACCAAAUUCAAUGGUAAAUAAAUCCGAACCCUUCAUUUCAGACAUGAUUGGUGAUGCUGACGUGAAGAUUGAAAAAUUCCUUAAACAUAUUAAGGAAACUUGUUCACCAAUUGGAAAACUCGUUCUAGUGGGCAAAAAAAGUAGUCCGACUUUUACGUAUUUGAACACGGCAUUGGUUGUUGCUGAUUAUAAAAUGAGAUUCCACGUCGCAAAUGGUAGUUACCAGUUAUACAUCGAAAAUGAGCUUAUGGCUGAAACCGACUACGACAGACGUCAAAUGACUUCUAUAAGACUACAUUUAGCAAAUAUGACGAUUGCCAAACUAAAAGAGGAAUGCUUUACAAUCAUAAAUAAAGAAAAUUACGAAGAAAUUUCUCUGGAUUAUAUAAACAAUUUAGAUGAAAGGAAGGCUUUCAAUCAGGAAAACGAGGUUAUGGGACGAGUAAGGUAUAUGAUGGAAAAGCUUGGUCUGGAUGACUCCAAGGAAAAGAAAAGUGAUGUCAAAGUCAGUUCCUUUAAGCACUGGUCAAAGCUAAAUAAAAUUUUGUAUGAGUAUCUUCAUUCAAACAGGCUGACGGUGUUGGUCUUAAGUCCCUCUUACACAAAAGAGGAGAGAUGUAUUAUACAUCGUCUGGCUAAUUUCUAUCGUCUCAAGUCUAAAACUAUUAAAAUUGGCGACCAUAGGAGGACCACCAUUGCUAAGAAGUGGAAGAAUGAUGUGUUGAUCAAGAUCUUAUUAAAAUCUAAUUGCGAUAGUAUUGGCUACUAUUUGGAAAUUCCCUCUAAAUACAGGGAGUUCUGGGCAAACUUGUGUGCUACUGACGAAAAAGGAGACAACAACUAAAUUUUUUGUUACUUUAACUGAAUGUAUUAAUAAAUGUAUUCUUUGUUGCAUUAAAAUACUAAGAAAUAA